ACUAACACUCCAAACAAGAUGGCGUUUGACUUGAGGGCCGAGAUCGAAGAGAUCCGUAGAAGAGGCGCUGUGCUCGGCCUAAACAACGAGCAAAUCAACUAUGCUAUCCUCAAAUCCCUAGGAGGGGAGUCUUCAGCUGCAACUGAGGAAAAGCCACCCAAAGCAAAGAAAAGAGGCCUUUGUCUGAAUAUAUGUAUAGCUGUCUUCCUUAUCCUUGUGCUUCUUGUAUCAACAUUCUUUGUUGUUUCUGUGGCUGCUAGCCACAACAAGGAGUUUGGACUGGCCCUGGGCCAGCGCUUCCUGGAAUGGCAGUAUCCUAUGGUGAGAAUUGCAAGAUUUGCAGCACUGCCUCUCCACAAGGUGUUUGAUUUAAGUGAGGCUUACAAGUGGGAGUGUAUAGUCAACAAUCCUGAAUAUGUCCCAGCUGGUCCGGAUUGUCAGAUUUGUGAGAAAGCAAUUAGAGUUCCAACCCGAUCAAGUGAGCGGCUGUCUGCAGAAAGCUUCAAGAAGAAGUACUUCAACCCUGGUUUUUCUGUCAUUAUUGCCAAUGUGUCAGGCUACAGUGAUAAAGACCAUACAUAUGAAGAGUUUGUAAACCUGUAUCGCGAGUAUAAGGAGGACAUGGAAAAAGAUGCAUGUGAGAUAUAUGAUGUGAAAAACAUUACAAGCCUUAGCAAGUUAUUAGAGGGCUGGAAUCAUUAUGACCCGCAUGGAAAAAUUAUUGCAUGGAAAAUGUGUUAUGGCAAAGGUUUCCGUGAGCUGCGGAAAAUGUAUCCAAGGCCAUACUUUGUGCAAAGUGAGGGAGCCUUGGACAAGUUCAUGUCCUUAAUGCAACCAGCCGGCCAAUACCCUGAAGGAAUUGAGAUACCUUCAGCUUCAUUUGAAAAUCUGUGGGUUGCUCAAGUGCAGGGCUCGUCCAAGAUUCAGUUGAAACCAGUUGAAGAUUGUGAAAACUGCGAAACAUUUGAGAUUCAUCUGGAUCAAGGGAAUGUCUUGUUCUUCACCCAACAAGUAUACAGGGUAUUUUUCUCUAAUGCUGGACAGACCCCAGGAAUCCUGUACGCAUCCUCAUUUGCCUGACUGUCCCUGAUCUGGUAGGAAUGUAGGAUAAACUUAUAGUACAGUAUGUAAUUAUUUUUGUUAAGGUAAAAGUGAGACUCAAAGGUCAUAGCUCAUACAGUAUGUAUCCAUCUCUUGCAGGGCCUGUAAAAAAGUUUGAAUAAACUCAGUAACAUAAUCAAA